UCUCCAAUUGAGUGAUUGAUAGAGAAGGAAGAGAGAACAUGAAGAUCUUAAUGCUUCCAUGGCUAGCCCAUGGCCAUGUAAACCCUUUCCUAGAAUUGGCCAUGAAACUCGCAGACAGAAGCUUCCACAUCUACUUCUGUUCAACAGCCGUCAAUCUAAGCUCCAUCAAUGGCAGAAUUGCCGGCACCUACUCCAAAUCCAUCCAGCCGGUGGAGCUCGCCCUCCCAUCCUCGCCGGAGCUGCCGCCGCACCGCCACACCACCAACGGCCUCCCGUCCCACCUCAUGACCGCCCUCAAAACCGCCUUUGAGCAGGCCAUCCCGGCCUUCUCCUCCAUCCUCGAAACCCUGAACCCAGAUCUCGUCAUCUACGACUUCAACCAGCCAUGGGUGCCGAAAGCCGCAUCGACGCUCAACAUCCCGGCGGUUCUGUUCUUAACUUUCGGCGCCGCUUUCCUCUCCUUCACGCUCCACAACACCGAAAACCCCGGCGUCGAGUUCCCAUUCCAGGAGAUUCACCUCCAUGAAUACGAAAAACCCGGUUUCCAGAACCGGCUCCAAGCCACCUCCAAUGGAGUCAAAGACCUAGACCGUUUCUUGUCUGCCCUGAACCAAUCAUCCGGGAUCGUCUUGAUCAAAUCCUCCACAGAGAUAGAGCAAAAAUACCUGGAUUACUCCUCUGUCUUGGCCAAGAAGAAGAUACAUCCAGUCGGCCCACUGGUUCAAGAACCUUUAAUCUUCUCGCAAGGAGAUUCAGAUACAGAGAUCAUGGAAUGGCUUGGGAAAAAGCCCGAGCUCUCGACCGUGUUCGUUUCCUUCGGGAGCGAGUAUUUCUUGUCGAGAGAAGAAAUAGAAGAGAUAGCCAACGGGCUGGAGCUAAGCUCAGUGAACUUCAUAUGGGUGGUGAGGUUCCCAUCGGGAGAGACGACUAGGGCCUCGGAGGCCUUGCCAGAAGGGUUCCUGGCGAGGGUAGGGGAGAGAGGGAAGAUCGUUCAGGGUUGGGCACCACAGGCGAGGAUCCUGAAGCAUCCGAGCGUUGGAGGGUUUGUGAGCCACUGCGGGUGGAGCUCAGUGAUGGAGAGCAUCAAGUUUGGGGUUCCGAUCGUAGCCAUGCCAAUGCAUCUGGACCAGCCGCAGAACGCGAGGCUGGUGGCGGAGAUUGGAGCCGGGGUGGAGGUGAGGAGAGACCAGGCUGGGAGGCUUAGGAGAGAGGAGAUUGCUAGGGUUUUGAAGGAGAUGGUGGUGGGUGAUCAGCGGCAGGAAGGCGGAGAUAUGGCCGGGAUGAUCAGAACCACAGUUCGGGGAUUGAGAGCGAAGAUCAUGACGAGAGAGGAGAAAGAAAUGGAUGAUUCGGCGGAGCUUUUAAGCCACCUUUCGAUUAAACCAAAAUAAUUACUUCGCGUCGUGAUGUCUUCGUCUUGGCUAAUAGGAGUUCAAAAGGAGAGGGGAUUCUUCUACAUCCCUAAGUCAUCAGGCAAGUUCUUCUUGCACUCCCACUUUAUUUUCAAUGCGAGCUCUCUUAUACAUUCUAUUUUUCAAUGCGAGCUCUCUUAUUUAUUUAUUGUCUCGUGCGAGAUCCCCUAUUAGUCUCUUCAUUUAGUCACUUUGAGGGAUUAUAUAUGAAUAUAUAUAUAUAUGCUUGUUGCUGCGUAUGGUUUUCUUUCUGUUGGUGUUCAUUGAGUUUUCAUAUCUAGGUACCUAUUGGGGUCUCCUUGUGGUUUCAAAAUGGGGUUUUGUUUCCGCCCCAAGUUUGCUUCAGGAAAUGACAACUUAUUUGUCUAAAUAUAGAUACGAGGCUCUGUUCACUUCUGUAUCUCCUGGACCUUAUUCGUGUAUACAUGGCCAAAUACACCUCGCAGAAGCUUAAAUGACGCAUUCGAGUAGGCAUGAACCUUCCAAAUGCCAGACACAAAAUAUUCACAAACAUAUAUAUAUAAGUCCGCUUCUAAUAGCCCCUCAUAUAUAUAUAUAUAUAUUUGGAACAAACAGCUUAGUGUAGAUACCUUUUGAUUUAAAUAGUAUCUUUCAAAAUUAUUCAUGUGUUAUAAUUUACAUCAAUCAUUUCUAAGUCAUAAGUUACAUAUUGAAUGUGAUAAAUGUUGAAGUAAGAUAUGUUGAAUCUAUUUGAUGAUGGCAAAUACAUGUUAUGGAUAAAUGGUGUUGAAAAUAUGAAUAUUGAAGAAAUAAAAAUUUAAAUGCAUCUGGUUGGCAAAUGCAUACAUAUACAUGUUAUGUAUAUAUAUUUUGUGCACCUAUUAUUUUGCGUAGAUGGAGAAAGGGUACCCUAGAGUACAUGGCGCGGAACGAGAUAGUCAUAACUCGACAUGUUGACUUUAUAUUUAUUUGUGAUGUUUUAUUGAAAUUAUACACUUUUGCAUGAAUUGAUUGAUGGCUUGAGAGACAAGAAAAUUGAUAUUGAUAAUGAAAUGAUGCACUUUUGCAUGCAUUGAUUGAUGACUUGAGAGCCGGAGAAAUUGAUAUUGAUAAUGAAAUUAUGCACUCUUACAUGUAUUGAUUGAUGGCUUGCGAGCCUAUGAGAAUAUAUAAUGACAUUGAAAUUUUAUGCAUAUUUGCAUAGUGAUACAUGGUGACAUGAUACAUUAAGUUGAACUGAUAAAUUUAUGAAUUAUGAAUCUUGUAUGUAAUUGUGGAGUUCUUGAUUACUUUUUUUGGAGUCAUCAUAUUCUUGGAUCCUAUAUAUUAUUCAUUAUUUCUUGAACUUGCUAAGUCUUGUGGCUCACUUGAUCUUCUUUACCAUUCUAACUAAAGGAAAAACUAUUAUUGGGGGCGACUUGUAAUAUCCCGAAAUUUCGGUAAUGAUAUUAAUUAUUAAAUUUUGAUUAAUUAUUAAAUUUCGACAUUUGAGGAUUUAAGGUAAUCAAAGAGUGGUAAAAAUAAUACUGCUAAUAAUAAAAAAUGUGUAAAUUAUGUUAACUUAAUUUGAAUUAAUUAAUUAAUACAUAUUGAUAAUAAUAAUGAGUUAAGAAAUUAACUUAAAUUAACUAAUUGAUAAGUUAAUUUGUGGCUAUGGUGCGCGUGAAUGGCUUGGAGGCCAAGAUUGCCACAGUGAUCUUCUCCAAAAAAAUCUAAACUCAGAGAGAAUGAGAGUCGCGAGAGAGCAGGGGGGGAGUCGA